AUGGUCAUGCCUCCAACAGCAGCGACAACGAACCCCGAGACGAUCGCACGUGAUUCUGUCGACCCAGUGAAGCGCAUCAAUCGAGCGAUCGAGGCUCUGGACUGGCAAGCCGCGCAGGCCGCCCUAAACGUCAUCGACAACGACGGCUUUUGGGUCUGCUCUGCGACCGAGGCCGACUGGGAUCGCUACGUCGAGUCGGAAGAGCAAGAGAUGAAAUCGCGCCACUUUGAGUUUCGAGACGACUCAAUUUACCUCAUCGAGAUGAGCGGUGGACUUCACGGCAGCAUUGCGGAUGGCAUCGACGAUGCCCUCCGCAAUGCUGCCGUGAAGACCACCGGCCAUCUCGAUGAGGUAAAUUGA